AUGGCUGCAGUAUCUAUACCGACUACCUCUGCGCUUCCUCCCUCUCAGCUUGUUCCUUCAACGCACCCCUCCGUACACAAACUUUUGUCCCGUCUUUCGCGACCUUCCCUACUCACCCUAGCCCUCGACUGGCUCGAUGAACGUAAUCAAAUCAAUACCGCGCCAUAUCUUCUCGAAGCCGAGGAUUCUGCCUCAGAUUAUGCGCAAGAUCUCUACCCACCUCAUGCUACCCUUGACUCUCUCAGCGAACUCUAUACUUCCUUUAUAACACAAAAAGGCAGUAAGCGCGAUGUCCUUGAUCGAAUACUGGAGGGAGACUGGAGACAUGGGAUCACACUAUAUCAAUUAGCCAUGGCAGAUAUGCAAUAUCUUUAUGAUCAUCCUACAUCACAGAAAUGGACUGCCCUCAAAAUUGUGCCGUUGUCAUCUUCAUCUCCCGACCAUGAAGUUCCAAAGGAGGAAAAGAAAGAUACAGCAAUACCUCGAUUCCAUCCGUCGACAUUCUUACAGAAUUUACAAAAAGAGGUGCUACCAGAUGUAAAAGCUCAUUACAAUCUCGAUCGUCAUGCUAAUUUACCUUUACUACUUCUAAGAAUCUAUAUACUGGAUUCGCCAUAUAACACAUCACUUGCGCUUUCAUCGGGCUCUAACAAACCGAGCAUGGCAUUCGACUCCAGCAAGACAUUUUACAUUGCUUUCCCAGAUGCUUCGCCAUAUAUUUAUGUUUCAUUGACUUCCACAGCAGGGAGCGCCAAUGGGGCAACCGACACAAAGAGUCUACGGAAACUGACACUAGAUGGAAUCCCUAAAGCAUUUAGCAGGCCAGGAGAAAGGUACAAGUUAGAGGGUACUGGAUUUUCCACGAAGAAUUUGGAGGCGUUGUGCGAGAGAAGGGGAGGAGGAAGGCAUAACGCAGCAGGAGGUGCAUGGGAAUUUUAUGCAGGAGAAAAUAAAAAGGACAAUCCAUUGAAUCCGAUAUUACCAACAACAGAGGACUCACCGACUGGGGAACAAGUGGAGAGCGUUGUCAAAGAGAAAGCAAUACCAAGAAACAUGAAAAGACCCAGAGAAGACGAUGCGCCAGAAUUAGCAAAGAGGCGAAAGAAUGUUGCAAAAGCUCGUUUUAGAAACUCUGCAAAACCCAAUGACGGAAAGGGCAUUGAGAGACUCGAUAUUCGUGUCGAAGACCCUUUUCCUUCUUUUGCUUCCAUGACACCUGAACCAGAAAAUGAACUAAUCACUGAGCGACAACGAGGGAAGAACAAAGGGCGAAGAAGUACUAUCGAAGCUGAGUUUGAUAGAUUAAAUAGAGAGGAUAGUGAGGGAAGAAAUGAAGCAGAAAGGGACGAAAGAGGGAGGGAUGCGUGGAAGCCAGAUAUCAGAAUAACAUUCCAGGGAACUCAUGUAUUUGCGGGGAUUCGAGAAUUGGUUGAAGCAGGAAUAGUGGAUGGAGAGAAAAUGCCAGGAUGGAUGACUGGCGAAGACGGUGUUACUUUGGGUGUUGUGAGGAGGGGAAGGGUUAGGGGUUUCAAGGGAACUGGCGUCUGA